ACAUUAUUGUCAAUGUUUAUUUGUAAUGUUUACGUUUUUUAGUAAGAACUAGUUUAAAUUGUAAAAAAUCAAAACUAUUAAUUAAUUUUCAUUAAAAAUCAGUUAUUAACACCCUAAUCAAUUAAAGAAACAUGUCAGCCACCUUUAAAAAUGCCAAAAAGUUGGCACAACAGGAACAACUGAGAAAGUUGAUGAAAGAACACAAGAAAAUUCUAAAGGAGCCCAAGAAAAUUGAUUCUCCCUUGGCAAAAUAUAAUGAUUUAGGACAGCUUACCUGCAUCUUAUGCAAAUCAAUUGUAAGGUCUGAUGCAGUAUGGACAGUUCACAUAAAUGCUAAACAGCACAAACAAAACAUAGAAAUUGCUAAAAAAUUAAAAGAGAAGACAAACAACUUUACCACUCCUUUGAAGCGACCCUUAACACCUCCAUUACCAGACGUGCCAGAAAAAAAAAUCAAAGGAAUCCUAAAAAAUGCUCCCCCAACAAGUCUUAAAACAGUAAGUAGUACAGAAGCUCCAAUACCAUCUAAAGAAAAAGAUGGAACAUCUGGAAAUAAUUCACUAGCUACUAAAGCCAUCCCACAAGAAAAAACUGUAGAACCUGGACAAAAUAAAGAAGUCAAUGAAGAACUUGCGGGUGAGCUUCCCGAGGGAUUUUUUGAUGAUCCUGUCCUUGAUGCCAAAGCUAGGAACUUAGAAUACAAGGAUCCGUUGGAAAUGGAAUGGGAAAAGUUCAUGAAAGAAAUGAAGGUAGUUGAGGAUGAAAGUGAAGCCAUUAUAGCAGGAGAUCAGGAUGAAGCCACUGCAGAUAGGCAUAUUGAAGAGAUUGAUGAACAAAUAGUUUUGUUAAAUAAGGUUUUGGAUUUAGAAAAGAAGAAAGAUGUUGCUGUAGAGUUAUUAAACAAAUUGAAAAGUGAGCCUCGAACGGAAGAUGAAGAAAUAGAUGAGGACAUAGAUGAGUUUUUAGAUUGGAGGCAGAAAAAAGCCUUUUAAAUUGCUAGUUGUUAUCACAUAUAAUAAUAUAUCACAUGUUCCAAAUAAAAGUGUAUUUAAAUAAUCAGCAUUUAAAUUAUGUGUAUGACUUAAAACAAUUUAGUUGCUUAUUGCUUAUUGCAUUGCAUUGAUGUAUUUUGAAGAUGGAUACUUGAUAAAUUAAUGUCUAUUUGUCUUCUGUAAAUUUUAUCUAGGUAUUACACUUUUCUUUGGAACGUGCCACAAGUGUAAAUGUAAAAAAUACUUAUUUUGUCAUAUUGUUAAAAUUGUAUUAUUAAACUUUAUUUUCCAAGAAAUAUAAACUAAAAAUUAAAAAUAA